UUCGACUUCAGAGCUCCAACCAGAACCUCCAGCCCAGAGAUGCGCGCCUUCAUCGUCCUGUGCCUCGUGGCCCUCGCCUCCGCCGACAAGCUGGGCUACAACUACAAGCCAGUGGGCCACUCCUCCUCGGGACUGUCCUUCGCUCCUGGCAGCGGCUCCCUGAGCCUGGGCGGCGGUUCCGGCUCCUUGGGAGGCGGUUCCCUCAGCCUGGGUGGCGGCAGUGGCUCCCUGAGCCUGGGUGGCGGAUCUGCUUCCCUUGGUGGCGGUUCCCUCAGCCUGGGAGGCGGCAGUGGCUCCUUGGGCGGCCUCGGCGGCCUCGGCGGCAGCAGCAACUUCGGCAGCCUGGACAGCGGUCUGGGCGGCGGCUCCUUCGAUCUGGGAUCCUCUGGACUGGGAUCCUCCCUUGGAUCUGGCCUGGGCUCCUCCCUGGGAUCUGCUGGUUUGAGCGCCCCCGUCUCCUACAACGCCCCCGCUCCCCAGGCCGAGCUCGAGAAGGAGUUCUUCACCUACACCGCCAACGAGGAGGACUUCGAUGAGCCCCAAGCCCUGGAACGCGUUGCCAGCUCCGUGAACAAGGGUCUGCGCGUGGUCUUCAUCAAGGGACCCGAGAACCGUGGCCUGGAGAACGCCGCCCUGGCCCUGGCCAAGCAGGCUGCCCAGCAGGAGACCGCCAUCUAUGUCCUGAACAAGCAGGCCGACAUCGGAGAGCUCGCCCAGAAGCUGAACGCCAUCCGCAGCAACUCGAACAACAAGCCCGAGGUGCACUUCGUCAAGUACAGGACUCCCGAGGACGCCGCCAACGCCCAGCGCGCCAUCCAGUCGCAGUACGACCAGCUGGGAGGCUCCUCCCAGGCCAUCAACGGCGGCGUGGCCAACGCCCUGAACUUCGCCUCCGCCGGCCCAGUCCGCCAGGCCCAGGCCCAGAUCCCCGAGAACUCCUACCUGCCCUCCUCGGUGCUGCGUCGCCUGCGUUUCCGCAAGUAGGAUGUGCCAUGUGGCUACUAGCUGCUCCCCUUGUUGACUUGUUGUGUUAUCUAUUGAUUUGUCGAACGAACCCCUCAAAUACAAUUCUUUUUUUACCCUAA